GGGCCGGGACCACGGGGUGGACAGGGUUGCGGGCCUGGGCCGGGGCCGGGAGUAGGAGCUGCAUGUGUCCCUUCUGUGGCCGGAGGCAGCGGGGUCUGUGCGGGCGCACGGGUUUGUGAGAUGGCUACAGACUUUUCUGAGUCCACUGCCCCUGACUGCAAAGGAGACCUGAAAAGCAGCACCAAGCUAGACACAGAGUACCCGCUUCGGGUCCUUUACUGUGGAGUCUGUUCAUUACCAACAGAGUACUGUGAAUAUAUGCCUGAUGUUGCUAAAUGUAGACAGUGGUUAGAGAAGAAUUUUCCAAAUGAGUUUGCAAAACUCACUGUAGAAAAUUCACCUAAACAAGAACCUGGAAUUGGGGAAGGCCCAGGAAUAGCAGGAGAAGAGGAAGAGAAGAAAAAGCAAAAAAGAGGUGGAAGGGGUCAAAUAAAACAAAAAAAGAAGACAGUUCCGCAAAAGGUUACAAUAGCCAAAAUUCCUAGAGCAAAGAAGAAAUACGUAACAAGAGUGUGUGGCCUUGCAACGUUCGAGAUUGACCUUAAAGAAGCACAAAGGUUUUUUGCUCAGAAAUUCUCCUGUGGUGCCUCAGUCACAGGGGAGGAUGAAAUCAUCAUUCAGGGAGACUUUACAGAUGACAUUAUUGAUGUAAUUCAGGAGAAGUGGCCAGAGGUGGAUGAUGACAGCAUUGAGGAUCUUGGAGAAGUAAAGAAGUGAUUUUAAAAAUUUGUCUGUAUUUAAUGACCUGAAGUUAUAGUUGAUGUAGCCAAAGGGAGGGAGGCCUUUAAAAAUAUAUAUAUUUAUCCUACAGUAAAACUGUAGACUACCCUUAUCCUUGGCAUUUCACUGUUCUGUACAAGGCUGCUUGUGUUUUUUCUUUUGUUUUAUUUUUUAAAUUGCCAAAGUCCAAUAAGCUGGGGAAAUCCAUCAUGCUUAUGCAUGAAAUAGAGAUUUAGUUAAAUAAAAAAUUUUGGUCAUAUGGUACUGACUUUUUUUUUUUCUCAGCACACUCUAGACUUUUUGUGGGGAGCAUUUUAAUUCAUCUAUUGCUAUUUCAAUUCACUGUACAAUUUUUAAAAAGAAUUUGGAUGUCUUACUACCAAAGCCAGGCUCUUUGCUUCACCCUUAAGUCUCCAGUGUGUUUAGCCUUCAAUUUGGCAGAAGGCAGCUUGUAGAUGUAUUGUGGACUUUACUAUUUGAUUACCAACAGAAAUCCAUUUCAUACAUUUAUUAAAAUGCUUAUU